AUGGCGGCGCAGGAUACAGAGCUCGGACAUUCAGUCGACCAGUUGCCGCUCAAAGGGGUAGUCUUAUGUUGUACGUCGCUGUCGCAAGAUGUUCGAACCAAACUCGCCGACGUCGCUGGACAGAUGGGAGCGCGCCAUAGUCUGGACCUCACCGCCGACGUUACACAUCUCCUCGUCGCCAGCAUCACCACGCCGAAAUACCGAUACGUCGCGAAGGAACGCCCAGAAGUACGAGUCUUGUCGCCAGACUUCAUCGAGGCCGUAAGAAAAGUAUGGACAGAGGGGAUCGAUGUUGAUGUGGCCGCACUUGAGAAACAAUACACCCUACCUACAUUCUUCGGAUUGCAGAUAUGCUUGACGGGCAUCUCAGACCCUUCCCGGAGGAGUGACAUGGAGCAGAGGGUUGUCAGCAGUGGCGGCGUAUACCAUGGCGAUUUGACAAAGACAGUCACCCAUCUCAUUGUUGCGAAGCCAGAGGGUGCCAAGUAUACCCAUGCCAAGUCAUGGCACAUACCCGUGGUGAGCGUCAAGUGGUACGAGGACUCAUUGGCUCGCGGCAUGGCUUUGCAAGAAGAUCUGUACGCUCCCGAGCUACCUUUGGAGCAACAAGGACGAAAUGCGUUUCGGAAACGAAAGAGAUCGAUAUCGGAAAGACCUACGCGGGACAGGGACGAGUCCGCAGGCGGCAUAGAUGCAAGUCGCAGGAAGUUGAGGAAAAGCGCAAGCAUGCGAUUUGACUCCCAAAGUCAAGACAUGUGGCAGAGCAUAUCCGCACAGGAGGUCCAAGUCGAUGCCACGGAGCUGGAUGCCUGGAAUGAUGAGAGCCAGGCUUUGAAGACGGCGGAACGGCCACAGUCCAAGGACAGACCCGCGAGUUCGAGACCCAUCACCCCGAUGGCUCCCGUAGAAUCAGGAGGGAUAUUCUCUGGUCAAUAUGUCCUUAUCCAUGGGUUCGACGAGAGCCAUACUAGGACGCUGCAACGAUAUCUGGAGCCGAACGGGGCAACUGUAGUCAAUUCAUCGGAAGAGUUGGAAGAGGCUGGAGGAAAUGUCGGUUUCCAGGCUCGAUGUCUAUUGAUGCCGCACGCACAACCCACAGCAUUACCUGGAGUACCACCAGCAACUGUAGUGGUAACUGAGUGGUGGGUCGAACGCUGCAUUCUGUACAAACGGCUUCUGGACCCACGCGAAGACUUACUCAGCUCACCCCUCUCCAACACUGUUGUCUCGGGCUUUGCCAAUCUGGCCAUCUCGUUGACCGGUUUCGACACGGACGAGGUGGGUAUGCACUGGCGGCAGACCGCGCAAGUCAUUCGCUUGAUGGGAGCAACCUACGAGACGACACUGGGGUCUUCAACCACAGUCCUCGUCUGCAACUCUGCGGAGAUCAAGAAGGCCAAGGCGGCCUAUGCGUGGAAACGAAGAAUUCCGAUGGUCUCAGCGGACUGGCUAUGGGAUUCGCUCAAGACUCGCAAGACGGCCCCUUUUGACAAGUACAAGAUCCCCCUACCCGCCUUUGAUGCAGCGGAUGUAUAUGCCGACCCGUCGCCGAGCGCAUCAGUCAAGCCUAGUGAAGAGAAGUCGAGACUGCCCAUGCGAGGUUCUAUGGAGCAGACCAAGAGGGCAGCUGAUCUCCUACCGCCCAAGCGCUUAUCCAAUACACGCAAGCGCCACGCGACCCCAUCGCUACCACUUCAGCCUUCCAGACGUUCCGAGCCAGCAAGAUCUAGAGCUGGACCCUUCAUACUGGAAGAUGAUGACCAGGACGAACAGCCAAUUACAUGUGAUGACCAGUCGGCUCCUGUGCUGGAAACAAUACAGCAACAACCCUUGAAAGAAAUCUCACCGAACAGGUCCCAGCCGAGGGGUUCGUCGAGAGAUGAACCAAACCUGAAGGAUGACAAACCCGCGGGAGGGGCAAUCACCGCGAAGCCGUCCUCUGCUGCUCCGCCACACGAAUCCCUCGCGAGUCCUCCGCAAAGCCCAAUGAAAGAAGCUGGGGAAACGAAGCCGAAGAAGCAGGAAGAAUUGACGUCUGACUUAGCAAACAUCCUCGCUCGACAGGUCGCUACUCGUCCGAGCUCGCUCGAACAACAACCACUGCAGCAGAAGCGAAAGCAUCGUCCGCUAGGCCGUAACCUCAGCACGAUCUCGUCGAACCAUUCUGGCUCUGCUGCGUCCGCGUCUCCGCGUGUGGAGGCGGAGGUUCCUGAGAUGGGGUCGGUUGGCGAUGGGUUUGGUGCUGAGCGGGAGGGGGCGAUGUUACCGCCGAGUACGCAGCUGGGGUAUGAUACUCCCGAAGCUGAGGCCCAUCGGAGGAAAUUGAGCAAGCAGAUGGGGACGUCGUUUCAUGAGGAUGGACAGCUGGACAGACGAAUCGAGAGUGUGAAGACGGUGAAGGAUAGUGCGGAUAUUGCUUCUAGGACGGCGGGGACUGCUACUGGUAGAGCGAAGGCGAAGAGGGGGAAGGCUUGA